UUGGCUUGGCAGUCUCAGCCAAAAAUGCUGUAUCUCUGCAAGCCAAUCUCAAGACAAUGCUAGAAUCUCUUCGGGGGCGAACGGAUAUCCCGCUUGGUCAGCUCUCUUAUACAACCACCGCACGCCGGAAUCACCACCAGCAUCGGGUGAUGCUGACGGGCUCGACACUAGACGAGAUCUGUAGUCAAAUAGAGGUAGCUAUUCGGGACCAGACUGGGGUGAACAAGACCAUAUCUUCGAAUUUGGUGUUCACCUUCACGGGCCAGGGUGCACAGUAUCCCGGUAUGGGCAAGUCAUUUGUGGAGAAUUUCUCCCAGUUCCGUUAUAAUAUCUAUCGCCUUGACAGGAUGUCACAGAGCUUGGGUUUCCCAUCCUUUCUCCCAGUGAUACAAGGAGAUGCUUCUCGGCAACAGAUCACAGACUUCUCCCCUGUGAUGGUUCAGCUGGCCAGUGUCUGUAUGCAGAUGGCGUUAUCCAGGCUCUGGGCUUCUUGGGGCAUCAUGCCUGCAGCGGUCAUUGGGCAUAGCCUGGGUGAAUUUGCAGCACUGAAUGUUGCGGGGGUCCUCAGUGAUGCUGACACAAUAUUCCUUGUUGGUAAAAGAGCGGAGCUUCUUGUCCAGAUGUGCACUCAAGGCACACAUUCUAUGCUAGUCGUCAACGCCUCGACAGACCAAAUUGCUAGCAUUCUCAAAGAUACGCCGUAUGAGACUGCAUGUAUCAAUAGCCCAACAGAAACCGUGCUUGCUGGCUCAAUUGAGAAUGUCAUUGCCUUAGAGCAGAGCUUGAAACAGGCAGGUCUGAAGACACUUUGUUUGAAAGUUCCCUACGCCUUUCAUUCGUCCCAGGUUGAGCCUAUUCUGCCUGAUUUUGAGAAGGUUGCCAGAGGGGUCACAUACCAUAGCCCGAGUAUCCCCGUCAUCUCUCCGCUUGACGGAGACCUGAUAACAGCAGCUGGCGUUGUUGGGCCAGUCUAUCUUUCCCGGCAUUGUCGAGAUCCCGUCAAUAUGAUUACGGCUCUAGAGACAGCCUAUAAUAGCCAGGUCAUCACAGACAGAACCAUCUUUCUUGAGAUCGGUCCACAUCCAGCUGUUUCUGGGAUGCUGAAGGCUACGCUUGGAACACAGACAACGGCUUUGUCGACGGCUCAAAGAAACCGGCCAAUAUGGCACACUCUUACAGCGGCUCUGAAAGCUAUCCAUAACUCCGGCAAAAGCAUAUGCUGGCUAGCAUACCAUCAGGAUUUCAAAGCAUCUCAUAGAGUGGUUCAACUCCCCAGCUACUGUUGGGAUUUGAAAGACUAUUGGAUUCAAUAUGUCAAUGACUGGUCACUGCGUAAAGGCGACCGGCCUCUGGUGAUCAAUAAUCUCAGCACCCUCGAGAGCACCACUAUUCACAGGGUGGUCGAGGAGACUUCUGAUUCAAACACGGUGUCUCUCAUCGUUGAGGCAGACAUUUCCCGACCAGACCUCAACCCUCUCGUGCAAGGCCAUGUCAUUGGCGAUAUACCUCUUUGCACUCCAUCGAUAUAUGCAGAUAUUGCUCUGUCGAUGGGUAAAUACUUGCUAGAGAGAUACCAGCCCCUUCUCGAAGACAGACUAGUAGAUGUUUCCGAAAUGGUCAUCUCAAAGGCAUUGAUCGCAAAGCCUCAGGGACCUCAACCACUCCAGGCUCAUGUGGAAGCUGACUGGGCAUCAAAACAAUCCACCGUCAAAUUUGUCACAUUUGAUAGCAAGGGAAAUGAACUACAACAUGCCCAAUGUGUGAUCCGAUUCAAAGAUCGGAGGCUUUUAGAGAAGCUGGAAACAGAAGCCGUGGAUGUAAAGCGGCACAUGAAGGUAUUGCGACAGGGCAUUGCAGCUGAAACGGCAGCACGUUUCAAUCGCCAUAUGGUUUAUAGGAUGAUUCGCCCAUUGGCAAAUUUUCAUGCUGACUACAGAGCAAUUGAUGAAAUUGUUUUGAAUAGCCGAACCCUCGAGGCCUCUAGUCGGGUGAGUUUUGGGAGCAUCAACACAGAAGGUGUAUUCCAUACACAUCCGGCUAUAAUAGAUGCGUUCACCCAGUCCUGCGGUUUUGCGAUGAAUUGUAACGAGAAGUGCGAUCUCGAUCUCGAAGUAUUCAUCAACCAUGGCUGGGGUUCGUGCCAGAUAUUUGAAGAUAUUUCCUUGGAUAGAGAAUACACGACGUAUACGCAGAUGAUCCCCGGCAAGGAUAACCUUUGGCAUGGAGACAUAAUUGUCUUUGAUGGUGACAAGGUCGUUGCCUGCUUUCAGCAACUUGCAAUUCAAGGGGUUCCACGUCGAGUACUCGACGUCAUCCUGUCUGUUGAAAGUGGUCAGCAUCAAAAGAGGCCGCAUACUACUCCUUCAACCAUUGCAGUCUCUAAACAAUCCAAACCUACCACCGUCGCCAUACCCGCACUCGUUGAGCCCGCAAGACCUUCUAGAUUCCAGCAAGCUAUCCAAAUUAUAUCCGAAGAAAGCGGUAUUGCUGUCUCCGACCUCACAGGCACUGCCUCAUUUGUCGACAUAGGCAUUGAUUCUUUACUAUCCUUGGCAAUAACUGCAAGAUUCCGUGAGGAGCUGAACCUAGACCUGGAUUUAGAGUCCAUUUUCAUGGAUUACCCCACAAUCAAUGAGCUUAGAGAGGCCUUGAGAUCCCUUGAAGAAGAGAAUCAUGCUUUUGAGGAAGCGAACUAUUCACAAGCGCCAAUUAUUCACAGCGAGCCUGAAUUUAAAUCCAGUGAGGGUGACUUCCUUACAGCUCUUCAGAUCAUAUCCGAAGAAGCCGGAAUAGCCGUUGCAGAUCUCACCAAUGACGCCGUCUUUGCCGAUAUGGGCAUUGAUUCGCUACUCUCCCUCGUCAUAGUCAGCAGGUUUCGGGAAGAGUUGGGCCUGGAAAGUUUCGAUCUAGAUUCUGUCUUUGUCGAUAACCCAACCGUUGCCGACUUGAAGUCGUUCCUCACAGACGGCUCAAGCUCAAGUCCAAUUGCGGCAGAAACGCCAAGUAGGAGCCCAAGCCCGGUCGGACGAGUUUCGCUUUUUGAUAAGAGAGAAGAUGUUACUCCCAUCUCAUCGCAGGGCAGUGACACCACAGGUCAGGUUCAACCUGUCCGCCAGGCUACCUCGGUUGUUCUCCAGGGCUCUCCGAAGUCCUGUGGCAGAACUUUAUUUCUGCUCCCAGAUGGGUCAGGCUCUGCCACAUCCUACGCUUCCAUUCCUCGAAUUGAUAAAGACACUUGUGUCAUUGCGCUUAACUCCCCAUAUAUCAAGGAUCCCUCGAAACUCUCGCACUGCUCGCUUGGCGAUCUUGUCGAGGGAUAUCUGAUUGAACUGCGUCGACGCCAGUCAACUGGCCCAUACCAUCUCGGUGGAUGGUCGGCGGGGGGAAUACUCGCCUACCGACUUGCGCAGAUACUCAGUGAUGAAGGAGAAGAGAUUCGUAGUCUUAUCCUCAUCGACUCACCUCCACCCCGGGGCCUGGACCGAUUGCCACAGCACUUCUACGAAAUGUGCGAUUCGCUCAACAUCUUCGGCAAAUUAGGUAAGAACACUGCUGUGGAGAAUGACAAGAGAUAUAUUGCAAAGAAGCCCGAAUGGCUGAUUCCACACUUCAAUGGGGUCAUCGAUGUCCUGCAUGAUUACUGGGCCGAGCCCCUUAUGGAUUAUCAAUGUCCCAAAGUCUCCCUUAUCUGGGCCUGUGAUAGUAUUAUGGACGAUAUAAAUUUGCCACCUUUGACGCCUCACAAGGAUGAUACGGUGGGAAUGAAAUUCUUAACAGAGAAAAGAACUGACUUUUCUGGCAAUGGCUGGGAAGAUCUCUUCCCAGGGAGUAAGCUUGCCAUUGAAAAGGCCCACGGCGCAAAUCACUUCUCUAUGAUGCAAGAGCCGUUUGUUAUUGAAUUGGCGGCAUUCAUACGCAAGGCGAUGUCCUAG